CCAGUUAACAAUUAUAGGCCUCAAGAGUCCAAUAUUAUAGUUCGGCGUUGUUGCACCCUAUAAAAAUCGAAACAACAACCCUACUUUUUGAACACGAACAUUCACGAGUUACAAGUCUGUCUUUCUCCUAGUUUCUUCUUCCUCUGCCGGCGACAUCCUCUAGCAAUCCAGGUUUGAAAAAGAUAUAAUCGUUCAAAAAAAGGCAGAAGAAUCAACUGAUAUGGAAAUUCAAUCAGCAACUGAACCGGAGACACUUCCUGCUAAGCCAAUCUUUAAGCCACUCAAGGCUCACGAAAUGUCUGAUGGCAAGGUCCAGCUCAGGAAGGUAUCCGUCCCACCAAACCGCUACUCUCCUCUCAAGAAAGCUUGGUUAGACAUCAGCACUACUGUCGUCGACCAGAUGAAAGUUGACAUCCGCAUGAAUCACAACUCCCGCAGAGUCGAGCUCAAAACCAUAGCCGACACCCCCGACGUCAGUAACCUUCAAAAAUCUGCUGAUUUCGUGCACGCUUUCAUACUCGGUUUCGAUGUCCCUGAUGCCAUCUCCCUCCUGAGGAUGGACGAGCUCUACGUUGAGUCUUUUGAGAUCAAGGAUGUCAAGACUCUUAAAGGGGAGCAUCUGUCAAGAGCUAUAGGGAGAUUGUCGGGGAAAGGAGGGAAGACCAAGUUUGCGAUUGAGAAUUCUACAAAGACGAGGAUUGUGAUCGCUGACACGAGGAUCCACAUCUUGGGAGCAUUCUCUAACAUUAAAAUCGCGAGGGAUUCUUUGUGUAGUCUCAUCUUGGGGUCUCCAGCUGGCAAGGUUUACUCCAAGCUCCGAGCAGCCUCUGCUAGAUUAGCAGAACGGUUUUGAUAUGUUUGAUUUUUUUUUUGCAUGAAGAUUUUGCAUUAUAGAACUUUUAUUUGAACG